UUCGCAGGUGUUUAACGUAACGCCGAGCAGGUGAUGUCCCCGUGUGAGCGCUGGCAUUGACUGCUCUGCUCUGCUGCUGAAAGCACAGGCUUCCUCGCUCCUUCAUCAAAGUGAUGCUUAUGGUGACGAGGUGUCGUUACUGGAGACGGACAGCAGGUAGAGAGCGAUGUCUCUUGUGAAGGCCAGAUGUGAGUGUUUAGACCAAGACAAUCACCGGUUUCGCUUUCAUGGUAAAAGAAGCAGUGCGGCCGAAAGCUCCAGAUGGGCAAAGACUGCUCUUGCUUUCAGAAGUCCCUCAAAAACCCUGCUCGUCAAAAAAAAAAAAAACACCUCACAUGUUUUCACUUUUCCUUUUGCUCGGCUGCGUGAUAUGGGAAAUGAUGAUUUGGAAAUUAAAAUGGAAACAACCUGUCUUUGAACCGCAGUAGUUUUUACAUGACAGUGCAGUAGUUGGGAGCUGCUGUCUCUAAGCCUUUCACAUGUGGCAAAUCUGUUUCAAGGCACCUGAACUCCUUAGUUAUCUCUGACCUAGCAGACCUACUUAAGGCUUCUCAGUCAGUAGUGUUGCAUUGCCUGGAGGACUUGGCUCGGCUAAAGUUGAACUGAGCCGCAGAGCAGCACAUCAAAGCCCCACCCUCUGUGAGUCCACCAGAUGUCCCGUGGUCAUUUUUAAACUCACACCCCGGUGCAUGACAUGGAGCAGUGUGCAAGCAUGUAGACAGAGCUGGAUGGGCCGCUUGGAAAUUGGAAAAGGAAGCCUGUAUUUAUGAGGUGGUUUGAGGUGCUGUGUUAAGGCAGGCUUAGACUGCCACUCUCCCUCUGACAGCUCUGUUUCCCCCUGAGCUGUGGUGACCAGAGACUGAGUGAGGUGAAGGAGCAAAGGCAGGAGGCCUGUCAAAGCGCACUCAAAACCGAGAUGGACCCACAGUGGACACUCUCGAGCAGGCAUGUAGGAAAAUGAAUGGGUUUUAGAGUGCCCCGCAGAGACUUAAAGGAAGAGGUUGGACGUGUGGUCUUCUCUGUAGCGCCACCUUAACAAGCCCCUGAGCUGCACUCAGAGGGAAGCCGCACAUCAAAUCUGUCUUUCCGUACCUCAGCUAGAGGUAAGCUUAGGCUCACAUGAAGACUUCUUGGCCAUCGCCUGUGUGUGAAGUUAAACAGAAAGGGAAGAGGGAGAUCCCCACAUCACAGAAUAGAAAGAUGUUGUUAUUGCUGGGCUUCAUCAUGUUCAUCUGUUGCCAUCUGUGGUCCAACUUUGACCAGCCUUUUAAAAUGUUUUGGAGGUCGUCGCCUUGAAGCUUCACAAAGGCUGUAAGAAACAACACACAGCAGGCCUUUGGACUGAAGAUGAAUAGCUGUGUUUGGCAGAGGCCACCUCCGUGCUGGACAGCCCGCUGUUAUCACCACUGAUCGCCAGGUGCAUCAGCUGAAAGGCAACAGCAGCUUCCACUGGAGACAAUACACAAAAGAGCGUGGAAAGCAUGUGAUGUUCCAAUAGGCACACACAGCCUAUAUUUGUUGCCUCUCUGUGUGUUGUUAUUGGACUGCGUGGAGCUCACUGUACUCUGCUCCAAUAGCAUCCCAAUAGCAGUGAAUGGAGGACUGAAAAAAAAAGUGUAGCCAUGCAUGCAGGAGUGGGAGGAUCUACUCGCUUCAAUCUCGAUCUCAGACUUUUGCAGCGACAGGGGCACAACCAACCAACCGUCUCUGUUACUUCCAAAGAGUUACUGCCGGGACAUCCUACACACACACGCGCACACACACAUACACACUACUAUCUUUGGAUUUGUUCUCAACUUUUACUUCUUCUUUUUCCUUGGCGAGACUGUAAUCCCGUGAAGACAUUUUUCCAGACUUCUCCCGUCGGCUUGUGGACGAGAAGAUAAAGCUUCCUCGGUCCUCUUAACAUAACAGGUCUGGUGUCACUGGAGCGCCUCUCCGCGGGUGAACAGUCCGAGACGUGCAUCAUGCUAGACGGCAUUAAAAUAGAAGAUCAUCCCCUGCGAUCGGGACAAGCCACGCUCGGGGUUAUGCUCGGGACUGAAUGUCAUCACAGAUCCGUGUGUGAAGGAUGCCAGCGUCCCAUCUCCGACCGCUUCUUGAUGAGAGUCAACGAUUCCUCGUGGCAUGAGGAGUGUUUGCAGUGCACCGUGUGUCAACAGCCCCUCACCAACAGCUGUUACUUCAGAGAAAGGAAACUUUACUGCAAACACGACUACCAACAGUUGUUUGCGACCAAGUGCAGUGGCUGCAUGGAGAAAAUCGCCCCCACAGAGUUUGUGAUGCGUGCCCUGGAGUGCGUCUACCACCUGAACUGCUUUUGCUGCUGCGUGUGCGACCGCCAGCUGAGGAAGGGUGACGAGUUUGUCCUGAAGGAGGGUCAGCUGCUUUGCAAGAUUGACUACGAGAGGGAGAAAGACUUACUCAGCUCUGUCAGCCCGGAUGACUCAGACUCAGAGAAAAGUGACGAUGAGGAGUUGGACAUCAAGCCAGAGAAAGGCAUAGGAAGCCAGGGGAAGGGGGAUGACAGCAAGGAUCCAAGGAGGCCCAAAAGACCACGAACCAUUCUGACCACUCAGCAGAGACGGGCUUUUAAGGCCUCUUUUGAGGUGUCUUCAAAGCCCUGCAGAAAGGUGAGGGAGACGCUGGCUGCAGAGACAGGACUCAGUGUUCGGGUGGUCCAGGUGUGGUUUCAGAAUCAGAGAGCUAAGAUGAAGAAGUUGGCAAGAAGACAGCAGCAACAACAAGAACAACAGAAUUCUCAAAGACUCGGCCAAGAGGUGAUGUCUAAUCGAAUGGAGGGGAUGAUGAACUCCUUCACACCGCUGGCUCCGCCACAGCAGCAGCUGGUCGCCAUGGAUCAGAAUGGUUACAGCACAGACCCAUUCCAACAGGGGCUCACCCCCCCACAGAUGCCCGGGGACCAUAUGAACCCAUAUGGUAAUGAUUCUGCAUUCCAUGACAUAGACAGUGACACGUCUUUAACCAGCCUCAGUGACUGCUUCAUGGCAUCGUCGGAAGUCAACUCCUUGCAGGCCCGCGUGGGGAACCCCAUCGACCGCCUCUACUCCAUGCAGAACUCUUAUUUUGCGUCAUGAAAGCAGAAGAGGAAUCAAACAUUAGCGCAGAAUAAACUGCCCAUCUCAACCUGAAGCUCAAUGGAUGGCCAGGACUACGCUAACAUGGACACGACAGAAGAAACACCUCCUUGCAGUAGCCCCUGGUUAUGUGUGGAAGCUUACUGAAAAGAUAGUAAAACCACUUAUUGUAGGACAGUGACGAUUCCUGGGGGAAAGACUUAAAUAUUGUUAGAGAUUAUUUGGUAGGAUUCCUUAUUUGUCACAGGAGAUAUUACUCUUUUCUUUGUUCACUUAAAGGAAACAAGUAGAUAUUGAAGCCACUGAUUACACACUCUCAAACCAAAUAACACAAAGAAUUUAUACAGUGCAUGAUCAAUUGUAAACAAAAACUUUUUGUAAGUCCCCCCUCCUCCCCCAAGUUAAGAUGUGGUGUUUGGACUGUUUCUUCUUCACAGUACAUGGGUUUCCAUGUUCACGUUAGCAUUUUGAUCACUUUCCAUAGGUUUAGAUAUUGUGUUAAUAGUAAAUAGGUGCAGCAUGUCUGCAAGAGUGACUGUACAUUUGUGUAUGUAUGAGCGAAAGAACUGAUUAGAGGAGACAAAAGCGGAGAAUUUGGUGGACAAGUGGAAUCAGUGAAGUGUAAAUACUUUCCCCAGGCAAAUUGGAUGUGCAUGUUAAAAAUGGAAAGCAUUCUAUUUAUUUAACUAUAACAGGCUCUUGAAGGUACAUAUUAAAACUGAAAAGCUUUAUUUAAAAAGGAGAGCAUUUUUGUUGAGGAAUUAGUGAGCUCAUGAGUAUCACAACUCAUCUGUAUACCUUUUUAAUAUGAAGAUUAACCCUUUUGUUUUUUUGUUUUCUUCAGCCAAGCUGUAAAUGAGCAAAGUUGCUAUUUAUUUCAUACAGACCAUAAACCUUUUGUUGUCAUUGUCCUAUGUGCAUUAUCAAAAUGUUAAAGUUGCUAAUUGACCAAAGUCGACUGGUUUGAUGAAUAAACAAUGUCUUUCUCCUGAUAACAUUA